UGGGCUUAGUUUGUGAGACGCUUCCGAAGCGACAAGUAGUUGAUAGCAACAUCGGCGGAUAGCACCGUCGGACAGCACCAAACGCAGCAACUGCAACACGCGUUGCAACCAAAAAAUUAAUAAAUAAAAAAAAUAAAAAUAAUAUUAGGAAAAAAGUGAGGGAGAGGCAAACCUCAAACAGCCCCGAAAAUAUUUCAUUUAUUUUCAUGUUUAUUUUGACUUGAGGGAUACUUUAAAAAAAAAAAACAACAACAGGCGAAUGCUGAAAACAAGAGGAACCACGAAAAAAAAAACGUGUCGCGUAUGUCAAACCGAAGCGCUCCCAUGUGCUGCGCUGCAUUAACAAUUGAAAAAACAUCAAGAAAUGGGAGAGUAGAACCCGUCGAUAGGUAAACACAUCCCAGCAGCGCCGAAAAUAUUACAGCGACCUGCCGUCGCGUCGAUCAGCGGCAUUGGGCGAAGUGAAAGUGAAAUAUAGUCGAGGAACGACGACAUAUAUCAGCGGCAAAAUAUAUCGAGCGAUCGUCGCUAGCGCCGCCGUGCCUUAUCUGCUCCACACGGAGUGAAUGCACUCCUCGCGGUCCCAGAAGCCCCGUUUUAGGUGCCUAAGCCCGAUUUGAAUCCCAAACCGCAGAGCUUUUUUGGCUGCACAGAGAACGAAAAUAGAUUGGCGGGCAAAGGAAUCCAAGUUCAGUGUCAGAACCGAACCGAAUCUCCCCCCGGCAAUCCGUCAGAUACGAUCGCAGCAUCGCCUUCAUUAUCGGAAGCUUGCUUUCAAAAUCCGCUGUAGCUGUGAUAUUGCACUCGCAAACAUGACCCAGUCGAAGGACAACCCGGAGAAGAGCCGCGAGCUCAUCAGCGAGGACAGCAUGAAGGAUCUGCUAACCAAGCAGCUGGAGAUCGUGGGCAGUGGCGGGGCAUAUGUCUGGGCCAUCUUCUUCCUAUGCGUCACUCCCAACAUACUUAACGGCUUCCAUGUGUCCUCCUACACGCUGCUGGGUCACCUGCCUGACGAUCAGUGGUGCGGCAUCCCCGACCUGCAGGACACCAACUGGACACUGGCCCAGAAGCGGGAGAUAGCGGCUCAUGGCCUGGAUUCCGGUGGAUGCACGGUGUGGGACUGGAACUAUCAGCAUUUGGCCAAGAUGUCCUACGAGGCGGCCCUCAACUACACCAGCCAUAAUAUGGAGAGCGCUCAGCCAGCGGAGGUGUCCUGCAAGGUGAAGGGCCACUACGAGUACUCCAAUCCGGAGAGCACAUUCGUCUCCGACUGGGAUCUCACCUGCGAGCAGAGCAUCCAGCGUACUUCUGCCCAGGUGUCCAUAUCGCUGGGCAAGUUCUGCGGCUCCUUUACCUUUGGCAUUUUGGCGGAUAAAUUCGGCCGGAAAACUUCGUUUAGUCUGGGUGCUCUCUUCUUCAUCGUGGGCAGUUUCUUUUGCACCUUCUCCCCCUGGUACAGUCUCUUCCUGGCUGGACGUUUUGCCCUUGGAGCGGCUUCUUCAGGACUCUUCUAUCCUGCCUUUACAAUGAUUGUGGAAAACAUUUGCCUGAAGCAUCGCUCAUGGAUGUCGAUAGCUUUUUCUGCUUCCUAUCCCGUGGGCAUGAUCAUCCUGGCGAUCAUUGGCUACUUCAUUCAGCCAUGGCGACAUCUGCAAUUGGCUCUGACUAUUCCUUCUCUAUUGCUUUUAUUGAACUGCUACCUGAUGAAUGAGUCACCCCGCUGGCUGAUCACAAACCGGCGAUAUGAUCGCGUCUACAAGAUACUUUUCAGACAGCCCAGUCAUUACCAAGUCCAGCCUGUGGCUGCAGCCGUCGCUCCCGUCGUCACCGAUAAGAAGUCGCUGGAGCCGCAGGGAAGUUUCUCGCUGGGUGAGAGACUUAAGAAUGGUCCCCUGAAGUCCAUCAUUGAGCUAUUCGCCAAUCCCAACGUGCGCAAGCUGAUCUUCACCUCGUACUUCAUGUUCUGCGUCACCUCGCUGAGUUACUACGUGACGGCUCUGAAUGCCGCCAACAUGUCAGUGUCACGGUACCUCUACAUCAUAGGCACAGGCCUGGUGGACAUACCCUCGUACCUGGUGCCGGUGAUCAUGCUCCGUUUCACGGGUCGUCGCAUCACAACCAUGUUCCUGUUCCUCUGGACGGGCGUGUCCUUGCUGCUAGUUCUAGCCGUUCCCGCCGGCAACACCACCUGGGUUGUGGCUUUUGCUAUGUUGGGACGCUUUGGUAUCAGUGCCACCUACUCUGUGGUUACGCUGUAUACCGCGGAGCUCUACCCUACCGAGAUCCGUAACUCUGCGCUGGGAACCUGCUCGACCUUCGCCCACGUUGGCUCCAUUUCGGCCCCAUUUGUGGUCGACAUCCUGGGAGCCCUUGGGUGGUACAUUCCAACCACGAUCUGCGGCUGCUGCGUUCUAGUAGCUGGCCUGUUGACCCUCACGCUUCCGGAGACUGGAACGGGCAAGCUGUCCGACAAAGUGGAGGAUACCCCAGCCACCGUUCCGGCGGAGGAGGCCGAAAAGAAGUGAUGAAAAAAGGCUCCCUCGAAUCUAGGUUAAAUACCAUUUUCACGACUUGAUUUAUCGGUAGUUCCAAGAGCCUCGAUUUUAUGUACUGAAUCUUUAUAAUCAGAUUAAUCCUCAUAUUUUUAACAAAGUUUAAAGAUUAAUAAGUUUAUAAGACUCUGUAAAAAAAAAAACAAGUCAAAACUUUGGAUCAAUCAAGUCGUGAAAAUGGUUGCAUAGUUAGUCUAGUGUUAACUUUAGAUAUAUUGUAACCUGCAGUACUCUAGCCUCUAAGUUCGUUGUUAGUCCGUGCUAUUCCUGCAUUAUUUAAGUAUAUAUUGAUAACUGUUUUUCUGUUUGAUAUCGCAUAAAAAGUCGACUAUUUAUACGUGAUCGCCA